AAUGAAAAAUAAUACUAAAAAGAACCUAGUAAAGCAGACAGGCUUAAAUAAAAACAAAUUUUCACCAAUAUAUAAUGGGAGUGUUAGAUGGACCAAAACAAGAAACAAAAUUGGUUCACAUACCAACAGGGCUGACGAACGAACCGACGAAAGGUUUAAGCAUAGAACUAUCUUUCAAAACCAAUUGCUCGAAAGUGCCGACAGAAUAGUAACUUGCCUCAAGGCCGUUCGUAAAAUGAUUUUCUUAACCGAGAGCGUCGAGGAACGCCUCAGGACGACAAAAUCGAAUAGGUUGAACGGCGUUAUUCUUGUUAAAUGCUUGGCUUUAAUUGCCAAUGAGAUACCGUCUACCGAGGAUUAUUCUGUAAUGCAACCUCUUCGUAGGUUAGUUUUGGUAAUGUGUGAAGAGAUUCUUCGUUGUUUAGAUAGGAAAAGAAAUAUAAAGGUCAUUGAACCGAUUAGGGAUUACGAAAAACCAUUUCUUACACGCGAAUACGGUUGCUUACUUCGAUUCCUUACAGGAGGAGAGCAGAAUUUCAUCAUUCCAACAUCGUUUGAAUGUAUUAACAAUUGUCUAAGAACUAAGGAUCUUAUUGAUAAUUUCAUAAAGGGUAUUGAAGACUUGGAAACUUCCCUACAAAGAUUUUCGUUACCGGUAGGCAAAUCUUUUCAUUUCCAACACAAUGAUCAACUUUAUAGAUCUCCCACCUCCAUGCUAACUUUAAUAGUAAAUAGAAUUGAGGAAACUGUGCUCGAUAAGCUAUCAAUACAAGGAAACGCCCACGGAAAGAGAAGAAAGGACGCUUAUCCCACCAAAAUUUACCAACUACAAUUUCCUUUAUAUUGGGAAGCGGGACCGAUAACUAUGGACAAAUUACAAAGAGCUAAUGAUAAAAUGAUGAGGAAUCAAAUAAAACGGAAUAUUGGUGAAUCAAUCGAAAAAAUAACUAAAAAAUGCUGCGGUCUCAUAGUACACUGUAAAAUAGUAUAA